UAAAUCUGACUAAACUGGUGAAAAAAUUUAUCUGUGUAUCGAACUGACAGCUGUACAAUAGUUUCACACAGCUAAACAAUCUGCUAAGAGCCACAUUCGUUUGCAUGGUAGAAUGUUUACAUUUCGUACGCCGUAUUUUGCGUAGAAAGAGCAGAGCAGAUACAGGAAGGAAAACCAGUAGCAACAGAUACGCAACGAUAGUGAAAGUGCGCGGCGCAACUUCCUCAAGCGUGUGUGAAAAUCGCUUCGGCGGGGGCGUAGUAACAUUCGGGAACGGUAGACAUGGAUGAAACAAUUGACCAUGUACCGAUGGCCGACAGCAGCGAUGGCCAGAUGGAGCACGAUCGCGUUCGGAACAGUGUGCAAUCGAAUAGCUCGUUUAGCUCAUCGUACAGCGAUCAGGAUGCUGACGACGGAACGUACAUAGACAACAGUCCAUGGGUGUUUAUGCCAGAACCGCUGUUCAUCAAAAUUUUCCUACAGCUUCAGGCUCGUGAUGUCUUGAACGCUGGCCAAUGUUGCAAGCGGUGGUACAAACUGUCCAAGGAUGACUACAUAUGGCGGAAGUACUUCCGCAAAGAGUUUAAUGUGGAUGCAUCAAUUCCGUUGAAAAGAGGUGCGGAAUCUUGGCGAGCAGAGUACCGACGUUUGACGAAUAAUGUACCGAUGGUCAUGACGGAUGUCCUGACCUUCCAUUCACACCAAGUGCUACACGUUAGCUUUUCACACAACGGGAAAAUGUUUGCCACAUGCUCUAAGGAUGGGUUUGUGAUUGUGUGGAAUUCGGCUUACCCGUCGACGAUACGGGAUUCUUACGACAUGCGUAAGCUUAGCUGGAAAUAUACUCAAUUUUCACAGUUCAAUCAAAGCGACACGCUGUUGCUUGUGUCCGGAGUUCAUUUUGGUUCGCCACACAGCACUUCCGGCGAGAUUGCGGUGUUCACUGUACAAAACGGCUUCAACCUGAAGUGUCGGGUGACGAAUCGACCUUACGACAUAUUCGGUACGUGGUUCAGCGAUCAACAUUUACUGUCCGGAGAUCUUAGCUGGUUGGCGCACUUGGUCAGCUCGUCGAUACUUUGGCUCAAUAAAGCGAACCAGGAGGUUGAUUCCGAGCAUACGCCAGUACGAAGUCAGAUGUACAAAUUCUACAACCGCAAUGCCAGCUCGAUACGUGCGAUUAUGGUCGCCAACUGUCCCUGGUUGAGCGAUGAAACUGAGGGGAAAAGAGAUAAUGGAAAAGAUUUGGGUACCGAGCAGAAAUCAUGCGACGAGGAACCCAGCACCAGUGGCGGGGAUCGUCGUGCGGGAAAUCCGCUUUCUCAUUACCAGAUGAAUCAGGACGUAGACUCCGACGAUGAACAGGAAGAAGGAGCGGAUGAUGGUCAGGAACAAAGGGCUACAGAGGAUGUACCGUACCAGUUGCUUCUUGGUGAUCAGGCAGACUAUGCCAGUCCGAUACAGUAUCUGGAUGAAUUUCGCCAGGAGUACGAGGAAUCGUACUACGAAUCAUCGGACGACUGUCUGGGGGACGACGAGGACGAUGCCGACGAGGAAGAGCUGUCCGAAGGAGAGGACGAUUUGGAAAAUCUCUGCCCCAAGUAUCUGAUAUUUUCCACCGGUUCAAAGACAUACACGCCGCAUCAGAUAGGAUUCAAGCGCAUCACGAGCGUGAACUUUCCACGGCGUCUCGAUCCGGGACCGUCACUACGUGAGCGCAUAGCGUUACGCGAUCGGCAGCGUGAACUACAGGUAAUUAUGGCCGAGAUGUCACCGGAAGAAAUCCGCCUGCAGUAUAUCUUACAGAAUGAGGAGCCUCCGAAUGAACCGAACUGGGCGAACUAUGAAGCAGUUGCCGGCCGCUUCGACAAGGUGGACAAGCUGAUUGAUCUACACGGGCACAUCAUCGGGAUGGGGCUGAGUCCGGACCAUCGCUAUCUGUACGUGAACAGCCGACCGUGGCCGAAAAGUUGUGUCAUUCGUAACCCACUCGACCCGCCGGCAAUCGCACAGGAGAUCGACAUACAUGUUAUAGAUUUGAUGACACUUAAGAAGGUGGGCAAGAUGCUGCGUGCCCAUAAAGCGUAUACACCGAAUACGGAGUGUUUCUUUAUCUUUCUGGACGUCUGUGAUAAUUAUGUGGCCAGCGGUGCGGAAGACAUGCAUGCCUACCUUUGGGAUCGUUAUUAUGGCGUGUGUUUGGCAAAGUACCAACACGUUGACGUGGUGAACAGUGUAGCGUUUAACCCACGUGACAACGAGAUGCUUGUGACUACCAGUGAUGACUAUGAGAUAAAGAUAUGGCGAUCAAUUUCGAAAGCGCAAAAGUUGGGCAUACCAACGGUGAACCGAGCUUCGGAAUUUCGCAAACAGAAGAACAAUCGUCCUCCACCGCAACCGCAGCAACAUCAGCAUGGUAUGCGAUCGUUUGUGUAGAGUAAUCUGGUGCGCAAUGAAUCAUUACUCAAAAUCGUAUGGUUCAUGAGAUACUAUAGAACCGUAACCAAUGAAAAUUGCUUACGGUGGCUUUAAACCAACGUGGAUUAACUGCUGUGUAAUGUUUGGAUUUAGUUUGUAUUUAUUCCGUGCCUUUUCUAAUUAUUUUUACGCAUGGAAGAAGCAAACAAACAGAGUAAAUUGUUACUUUAAUUAUGUUGACAACCGAGAUGAUUCUUUUUGCAUUACGUCUAUGUUGGUCUUUUGUGCCACACCGGAACAAGAGGCCUUAACCUCUUGUGGUUGUGCCGAUUGCCGAUACAGAAGAAGAAUCUCGACGCCACGCCAAUGUAGAAAGUAAGUUUCUCAUUCCGCUUGGUUGCGAUUGCAGCACGUUGCUGUAGAAAAAAAACUGAUGCAAAAAAUCUCGGCAUACGCUGCCAAACCAUAUGACUAAAUGUUACAUUUGUUGAACGUGUUUAUUGCUAAUGUUUGCAUCCUCAUAGAUCAUUUUAAAUGACGGGUUUGGAAGCAAUUUUAUAUACCACCCUCCCCGGUACGGUAGUAACAUAUUUAAAAUGUUUUUAAAACCAUCUGGAGGUUGCUGCGCUUCUUCCAACGGAAUCGGUUAACGUAAGGUUUUUGAAUUGAAAUUUUAAUUCACUAUUUUGUUCUGCGGCGGCGAGCAAAUGAAAGCGAAAAGUGGUAUAGAUUAGUUGUGAAGCGGUGAAGCGAACAUUUUAGUAAACCAACAAUCAGUUGUAAAGGUGGACGAAU